AUGGAACAGGCUCGCCGUUCUCUGGACGAUGGAUCUAUCGUCAGGCAGGAAGACAUCGACAAUGCUAGCCAUCUGACUGCCGCUCAAAGCACUAAUCUCGGUAAUGCUCUCAGCAGAGCAUGGGGCCUGUACAAGGAGACUUCCCAAGGCCGUAGUGAACAGGACUACCGCCGUGAUAUUCUGGAGCGCACGAGCGAUAGCAUUAGGAUCUCUCUGCGAAAGCCCAACAUCAGCUCGUUCACGACCAAGCGAACCAGCCCGACUACUUUCGUGAUCCAGGAGCGAGACGCUUACAAAGAGCAUCCGCUUAUUUAUGCGAAGCUACAUCCGAAAGCGGAUGUAGUUGUGUUGACUGAUACUGGGUGUGACGAGCCUGAUGAGCAGCAUAAGACUGCCCGCUACAUCCAUCUUCGCGAGUAUCUCGAGCAUUGCCCAGUCUCAGCGAACCAUGACAAACCCAUCAAUCCAGACGGCAAACGCAGAUACAUCAUCAUUCAGACGCACUGCCACUACGACCACACCUUCGGCAUCCCGCAAUUCUUAUCCUCUCAUGGCAUCGAAAUUGUGGCCUCAGCCGCCGGCAGAGACUUCUUCGAGUCCGACCUCACCAGAAAUGGCGAAUUCGAGCACACAGGCAGACCGACACCUGACUACCAGGUCAGCAAAUGGGCGGAAGCCUUUGAGCAGCUCAAGUAUCCCUUCCAUCAGGUCGACGAGGAUAGGCAUGUCGAAGUUGAUAUGGGGAUGACGGUCCUUCAUACGCCUGGGCACACGCCGGAUGAGCUCGCCUGGUACGAUCACGAGGAGAUGCAUCUCUAUGUGGGAGAUAGCUUCUACCGUGAAGGCGAGGACGGUUUGCCUAUUAUCUUUCCCGUGAAGGGAAGUUUGAUCGAGUGGGUAUUCUCGAUGCAGAAGCUUGCUGUUUUUGUGCGAGGGGAGAAUGCUCGAGCCGCCUCCGUCGUCGCCACCUCUGAGCAAACCACGGAGAGCGAUGAGGACGACUGGGUCCACAUCCCACAACCAACCAAAGCGCGAAGAGUGCUCGUCUCCUGCGCGCACCAAACAUACGCCGUAGACAGCGCAGACGUCCUCGCAGAACUCGAAGCUUUCUCUUUUCAAUGCUUUAUUGGCAAGGUGCCUGUCGUCGACUCCCAGACCUUGCGAGGUGAAACUUUCGACACUUGGAGGGAGAAAGGAGACGAUAGGACGCCGAUGAGUAUUCAAGCGCCGAGGAGGUUGAUGGAGGAGGCUAGGAAGUUCUUUGGCAGUAGACCUGGUGAUGCGUCACGGAUGCCGUUCGUGUGGGAAUGA